GCAUAAACAAAGUCACAAUUUCCAUAUAUAUUGAACAAGAAGGGUGUAUAGUAAAGUAUACUUCUUCUCUUCUUCUACUUAUCAUGUCCAAUUAUAACUUUUACUCAAACGAUAGUCUAUAUUAUUCGCCUCCUUCAAGAACACUCAGUGAAACAGACCUAAAAGACCUUUUCGAGCCUCUUGUUGACCUGACUUUAUUUCAAGACUUAUCUCCUUCAGCUGUUGAAGCAUCUUCACCCAAGACAACAGAUUCGCUAUCGGAUAAUGAUUCUUCACCUCAUUCACAAUAUAUAAGCUUCUUGAAGGACCCUGAACUCGUGAUCCAUGUAAAUUCAGUCUUUUUUCUCUAAAAAAAAUUUGCUUAUCUUUCUCUUUAUAUAAAAUCUAGGAACCACCAAAUGAUUUCUUUCUCAACUAUUUAACUUGCGACAUGCCUCCUGAAAAGCCACUUUAUACGAAUGAAGAAAGCAACCGCCCUCAGAUUCGCAUUCUCGGGGUGCCAAGCACAGGCGCCAAAUCGCGCGUCGAAACUCAGAUAAAGUUGUGUAUCCAAUUAAUGACAAAAGAUGAAAAGAAAGUAGUCGACUGGUCCUAUAUUCGUCUGGGUGAAAACAUGCUUGCCAGAUCUCGAUUGCGUAAAAGCCAACAACAAGUAAAACCAUUAGAUGGGUCAAUUGCUACUAUGGUAUCAGACGAAUCCAAGGUAUUGCAACUAGAGGCUAAAGUGAUAUGUGCCAGCAGUAGUAACACGGAUCAUCCGGUUCGAAUGUGUGUGGGCUGUGUACGACGUGAGAGGAAGCGGGCCGAAAGAACAAAAGAUGGCAAGUCAAAGGAUCUUGUUGUUCUAUCUCAAGACAUGGAAGCCGAAAGAGACCGCAUCUUAUUGUUUAAUUGCAAUCCAAUGAUCAACUUCUCAUCGGGAGAUGCUAUUUUGCCUACCAGAAUUACGUGCUAUUGUAGACAUCAUAAUGAAAAGGAAGGAUUUAGGAUUUGUUUUGCGAUGAAGAACCAUCAAGGCCAUGUUGUAGCUACGGGUAUUUCUCCACCUAUUAUGAUAACAGAUGAUCAUAAAAGCUCAAAACAAAAGAACAGCCGCAAGAGGUCAAGAGAUGAAAAUACGCAUAUCAUUUCACGUCCUGACACUCCAGCUCCUUCUCGUCGAGGCUCUAUGUCUACAGGUGAAGAAAAAAACACGUUGACUUCACUUUCAUUAGAAGACGGAGAGGAUAGCGAAGAAGAGCAAGGUCUUUCCACACCCACAAGCCUUGAAUUCAUGCAGCCUGGAUUCAAUCUCGCACCUCAGCCUACUCCAAGCGAGGAAUGGCCAUUUAAUCGCCGCCGUCGCACGAUUCAAGGUUAUACUUCUUCAGAUGCCUCUGCAAACGCGCUUAUCAACUCCAUGCUUGACAGAGUGCCGCAACUUGAGCGCCUCGUACCAUCACAAGGACCUACCUAUGGCGGCAUAGAAGUGACCUUAUUAGGUUCCGGGUUUUACCGAGGUUUGACUUGUUUGUUUGGUGAACAUGCUGCCACGACUGUCUAUUGGAAUGCCAAUACAAUGGUAUGUCUCUUACCGCCUGCCGCACAGACGGGUCCUGUGGUUGUGUCAUUCAAAGAGCAUCCUUUGGUACUUGAAGGUCAAGAUGUAGCAAUUUUUACUUAUUAUGAUGCAAGUGAUCAUGCCUUACUUGAACUCGCAUUGCAAGUGGUAGGUCUAAAAAUGACGGGGAAACUUCACGAUGCAAAACACGUUGCCAUGCGGAUUGUUCAGGGAGGAGAUCAACAAAACUCGUCUUAUCAAAGCUCUGUUUUGGAAGCUGUUGAGCAGUCGGAUCAACUGAUAGACUAUACACAAACAAACAAUCAAGGUCACACGUUGCUUCAUUUAGCUGUAUUACUCAACAACGAAGCUUUGGUAAGAGCACUGAUUGCUAGCUAUCAAUACCGUCCUGCUCAAGAAAAACUCGCAUUUCUGAAUACGCAAGAUAAGAAUAAUAUGACAGCACUUCAUCUCGCUUGUCAAAGCAAGUCAAGAGACUUAGUGCGAGUAUUGCUUUAUGUGGGAGCGAGCUCAAACCUCCAAUCAAAUUGGGGACUGCCGUCGUCUCUAUGUCAGGAAGAAUCAGAUCUUCUAGAUUUACUUGAUUUGUACAAUAAGAAUAACUCUAUAAGGCGAAAACCACUUUCUAGAAGAAAUAGUCAUAUGAGCCAUCGGUUUCAUAGUUUGAGUAGUACAGAUUCAAUCAAAGUUAUCGUUUCGCCUUCAAUGGAAUUAGACGGCUUAGGCUUUGUGCGUCACAAACUAAAUUGUCGCCUUUAUCUCUUUUGGGUGCCGAUGUUUAUAGGUAAGUUUAUUCUUUUGUUUGGCUUAUAUUGAUUGUUCCUCAUAGUGGCUAUCUGUUUACUCUUUAUACGCCUGUUAGACCAAUCCGGGUUACUAAACCUGGAAAUGUUCCCUAGAAGCCGUCCUUACGGAAUUUCUUUAUCUAUUUGAGUUAUUUAUAUCCUAUUUAUGCAUUUGUUCAUUCAUCCAUUCAUUUUUUUUUCAAGCAUAUUUAAACAUUUUAUUUUGUUUUAGUAGAGUUUUUCUAUAUAUUAUUAGAAUGAAAACACCUGUAGCAUACAAUAAAGUUCCAUUUCUCUGAAG